AUGCCACGGAAGCUGUUGUUGCCUUAUAAAUCUGUUUUUUCUCACUUUCGAGCUCCACGGGGGUUGCAUGACUCUUUGGCGAUGAACGCAGCCAGAAGUGGCUACCGGGUCUUCUCGGCCAACUCCACGGCGGCCUGCACCGAGCUGGCAAAGAGGAUCACGGAGCGCCUCGGUGCUGAGCUGGGGAAAUCUGUGGUGUACCAAGAAACCAAUGGAGAAACAAGAGUUGAAAUAAAAGAAUCUGUCCGGGGACAGGAUAUCUUCAUUAUACAGACAAUCCCCAGGGAUGUGAAUACUGCUGUCAUGGAGCUGCUGAUAAUGGCGUAUGCCCUGAAGACUUCCUGUGCCAGGAACAUCAUUGGGGUCAUCCCUUACUUCCCCUACAGCAAACAGAGCAAAAUGAGGAAGAGGGGCUCUAUAGUCUGCAAGCUGCUGGCUUCGAUGCUCGCCAAGGCAGGCUUAACACACAUUAUCACUAUGGACCUUCAUCAAAAGGAAAUUCAAGGCUUCUUCAGCUUCCCAGUAGACAACCUGAGAGCAUCCCCUUUCUUGCUUCAGUAUAUACAGGAAGAAAUUCCAGAUUACAGAAACGCAGUUAUUGUAGCCAAAUCUCCCGAUGCAGCUAAAAGGGCUCAGUCUUACGCUGAGAGACUACGGCUGGGACUAGCAGUGAUCCAUGGAGAGGCUCAGUGUACAGAGCAGGACAUGGAUGAUGGACGUCACUCCCCUCCGAUGGUCAAAAAUGCAACUGUGCAUCCCGGUCUGGAGCUGCCGUUGAUGAUGGCCAAGGAGAAACCACCAAUAACUGUGGUUGGAGACGUUGGAGGAAGAAUUGCCAUCAUUGUGGAUGACAUCAUUGAUGAUGUGGAAAGCUUUGUAGCUGCUGCAGAGAUCCUGAAAGAGCGUGGAGCCUACAAGAUUUUUGUGAUGGCUACUCACGGGCUCCUGUCAGCAGAUGCCCCCCGUCUCAUAGAGGAAUCCUCCAUCGAUGAGGUGGUAGUAACCAACACAGUUCCUCACGAGGUGCAGAAGCUGCAGUGCCCCAAGAUAAAGACUGUGGAUAUCAGUUUGAUUCUUUCUGAAGCCAUCCGACGAAUCCACAACGGUGAAUCCAUGGCCUAUCUCUUUCGCAACAUCACGGUUGAUGACUAGACCUGGCUUCCACAAGAGAAGGAAAUGUGCAUGAAAAGGCAAUACCAUAAAUUAUAGGCAUAACACAACUGUUUAUUCUUGUAGGAGCGUGAAGGUUUUCAGGGUCUUGAGCCAUGAGAUCUAAUGGAAAAUAUCAACCUGACCAGCACUUUACAGGUGUAUAGAAGAGGCCACUGGCAAUGGGGAGGAUUGCAUCAUAAUUGAGAGAGGGAGAAAUGAGACGGUGUUGAAUUUUUAAGUUCCUUUAAUUGUUGGUUUUUUGUUGUUGUUUGUUUUUUUUUUUAGUGUGUUAUCUCUUGCCCUAUAGAGGGGGAAAGAA